AUGCCGUUCUCUCUCUUCCGGCGCCAAGCCACCCACUGUGAUUUCUAUGCGACUGCUACGCCCUCUCACGCAACCUUGAUGUCACCUUCUCAUGCGGCUGCUACCCCCUCGCAUGUAGCUCUUGCCCCAUCUCACGCGACCGCCGCUCCCGCUCACCCGGUUCUGGCCCCCGCCCAUGUGGCCCUUACACCCUCCACCGCGGCCCACGUCCAAGACGGCUUCCCGGACGCACACAGAGCGCCCUGCACCCGGCUCACCAUCGCGGGCACCAUGUUCACGGAGGACAUCGUUGACGGGCUGGCCAGACCGCUGCCCGACGGCCGCUGGACGUGCCCCGCCGUGACCGACAUCGCCGUCUCGGGCUACUGCAGCGGCUUCUCGGACUGCCCGUCCACCCAGGCCGCCUUCGUAGACAUGUUACGCGCCCGCCAUGCCGCGGCGUUCGCGCCCCGCGGACAGCACCCCGACUGUGCGGUCGCGCCCCUCUCCCGCGUCAGGGUGAAUGCGGAGGGGCUCGUCGGCAUCAGCGCGGGGGCCCGGGCGUGGCUCGAUGCGAAUAUGGCGUAUGUAGAGUGGGGCGAGUGGGUGGGAGGGACAGAGUGUAUGCGCGGCUCUGCUCCGUGA